AUGAUGUCCUCGGAUUACACUGAUGGAUUAUUAUACUUUUUGACAGCAUCUCCACCGCCUCAGGCAUCUGUUACUUCUACAAUGAUACGGAAACGAAGGGCAGACGUCAUCCUCUGCGAUGAUGCAUCUUCCUCCUCAAGAUCUGCCCGUCGUCGGGUUUCAUUUACCCAAACCAAUGCCACGGCGAAUCCCACUAUUGGAAGCUUCGGUCCACACAAACAAGUAGACAUCAAGUGUACACAUGUGAUUUCGGUAGGCAACCAAGAUGGGCCUUGCCCGGUUGUACAUGCAAUACGAUGGAAUCCUAAUCCUCAGGCAUGUUCAGAGGCUAAUUCCAAUUCUAUGCUUGGAUGUGUCUCAAGCAAAGGAGUGCAUAUAUACAGUUUAAAGAAAAAGCAUAGAAAAUGGACCCCACUGGAGAUUGCACAUCGUCCCACUUGUGAAGGGACAUCUCUGGGGUGGCACAGUGGAGGUCGGGUCCUUGCUACUGCAUCAAGUGGCUCGGGAGGUAAACCAGGGGCCUUAUCCAUCUUGUCAUAUGAUGGAAACAAUGGUUUUAGGGCCAGGACUGCACUCCAGUGCCCUGAAGGAGAGUCCAUAAGUUCAUUGUGUUGGGCAAGGAAAGGCAACUUCCUUAUUCUGAGCUUACAUCUGUCAUCAACUAUCUGUUUCCUUCGAGUCACUAAUGAUGAUCCAGAAAAUUUGGAGAAUUUGGGACUUGUCAAAUACAGUGAUCAUUUUGAUGGAAGGUCUCCGAUUAUGCUGGCAUCAGAUCUUGGUCGUGUAUCGGACUUUAUAAUUUGCCAUGUGCACGUAUUUCAACAUUCAGGGGUAGAUCAGGUUACCUGGGAGAUCUCCAAUUUCAUCAAUAUUCCGAUGGGCAUUCGCGGAAUGGUCUAUGAUGAUGGUGAUCAUGGGUUAUUUACUAUAGAGCGGGACAAAUGGACGUAUUGGAGAAUAAAUAUGGGUGUUAACAAUUUAAACUAUCUGACUAAGGUUGCUACGUCGCCUGACAAUGAGCAUGCUAAAAGAAGGGGGUCGCGGUUCAAAUACGAUUCAGAGUAUAUGUCGAUAGCUAUUUCACACUCUGGAAAGUAUGUUGCAACCGGAGGUAGGGACACUCUUUGCUAUCAUUUGAAGAAACGUGUUGGACGUGAAAUUGAGGUAACAUUGAAAGGUUGUAGAGGGCAUGAUGUUAAUUAUGGUGAUGUCAAAUGCAUUGACUUUAACCCUAUGGAGGAUAAAACUAAGAUGCUGGCAUUAGGUGGAGACACUGGUUAUAUCCAUAUCUGGGCGGUAGUUAACAGAGUCAAAAUGAUCACUGUAUUUGACAAGUCCCAAAUUCUCCAAAUUUUCUGGAUUAUCAUUAGUGACUCGAAGGAAACAGAUAGUUGA